AUGGAUUUAUACCAGUAUGAUGCGCUUGACCUUGGCAGACCCGCGAUUCGACUGGUCCGCCUUCUUCCUGGAGCUGGCUCUGACACAAUAACAUGCGAGCUUUUUCAAGCUUUUCUGAACCAAGAGGACGACAUCGUACCAUAUGAGGCUUUAUCAUACACUUGGGGCUCCGCGGAAGCUCCCAACCACAUCAUCGUCAAUGGGAAGAUCCUUACAAUUACAAAAAAUCUGCAUCAAGCACUGCAGCAGCUUCGUGAUAAAGUUCAAGAUCGAAUACUUUGGAUGGAUGCAAUUUGUAUCAAUCAAGGCAAUGAGAAAGAAAGGGGCCACCAAGUGCAACAAAUGGGCGAAAUUUAUAAACAAGCAGACCGCGUGCUAUUCUACUUGGGAGAGAGCAAUCCAUACAGUGAUGCAUUCAUGGACACCCUUAAUAUGAUGGGAAAGCUCAGUCUCAGCUAUUCUAGCAGGAAAUGGAGUUCAGAUGAUGAACGUUGGAAGAUCGUCUGGACGAGCGCUGUCCAGGCUGUACUGGGUAAUCGGUCAGCCCCCCAAACUGCUACUCUUCAGCAAGGCUACCGGAACCUUCUCGGACGGUCUUGGUUCAGAAGAGUUUGGAUUUUGCAGGAGGCGGCCAACGCGCGCGCUGGCCUGGUGCUGUGCGGCUCCAAGGCGGCCAAACCGUGGCUUUUACAAGUUAUUCCAAAACUCCUUGACAUUAUACCGGAUGAUCACUGCCAAGCAGUUCUCGAUGUUAUGCCGGGACCAUGGAGAAAUUCAUCCUGGUGGAACAGAAACCAGGAUCUUUAUACUUUGCUAUCGAGAUUUGGUGGUAGCGAGGCAACUGAGCCUCGUGACCUGAUAUAUGCUCUGAGAGGCAUGUCUUCCGAUGCCAAGGACGCACCCGGUCUGUACCCGGACUAUACCAAAUCUGAAGAGGAGCUGGUCCGUGAUGCCAUUAUAUUUCUGUACCCUCUUCAAAACAAAGAUCUGGCGGCACUCUCAUUGCCAACGACCAUUCAUGACUUGGUAAUAGGUCUCGGGAAUCUGGGCCGUCACAUUUACCGCGAGAUGUUUGCCAGAAUUUCCAGAGAAAACCUAGAGGAUCUGCUAAGAUUCUCAAAAGCCCAAACGUGGAAAUUGGUCUCGCCCUAUGAAAUACAAGAGCCGCAGUCGCCUGCUGAACAAAGAUAUUUGUAUUCGCCCUCUGCCAUAAGGAGUCGGUUGCUGUUGACAAAAUUGCAAACCGAUCGUACUGGAAGUGCGGCGGCGCUCUUCCGAUCCGGCCUAUCCAGGGACAACUUGAGAAUUGAACAACUCAUUGCCGCGGCUGAGAACAUACAUGGAACAAAGCCGCUUGAGACGGUACUUGAUCUUGCGGAUUAUGGAUUCGAGAUCGCGGAAGAAGUUUUGGUGUCAGCGGCCAGAAAUAAAGACCAUGGGGAUAAGAUGAUGGAACUCCUGCUCUAUCAUCCAAGCUGUCAGCGAUAUGUUACUCAAGGCGUGAUAGAGGCAGCAGAGGAUAACGCUGGGUGCAGGCAUGAAAUUCGGAAAAUCAUCUCAAGAUAUGAAAACAGAUGGUUUUCAACAGCUGGAGACAUGAUGUAUCUGGGCCAUCAGUUGCGAAUAACUGGUACAAAAAAAAUGGCAGCGGCAAAAAACGUGGGCUUGGAGCAUGAAACCCUGGAAGCUAUCUUGAAUGCUGACAAUAAGCAGCUGCCAAGGGCCGUAGUACGCGAACGUGAAUGA